AUGGAUCAUGUGAAGGGCAUGAUGGAUCACAGUGAGCGUGCUAAACAUGGCACUGGCGACACCGGGAACGGUACAUAUAUGGCCAUGCCAAUGGUCUUUACCUUCAGCACUAAGGUCACAAUCCUAUUUAGCUGGUGGUCGACAAGUACGGUUGUCUCAUAUGUCAUUUCGCUGUUUUUUCUCAUCCUUCUCGCUUUGUUCAACCGAUUUCUUGGGAUUUUGAAACUUCAGUUAGACAGAACACCAACUCAUUCGCAUUACAAACCAUCCGAUGUACCCAAAUUAAGUUUACCACCGUCCCGAUGGACUCAAAAUCAGAGUUCCAAGGAUCGCGGGAGUCCUCUUCCACCUCAGUUGGAGGUUAAUCACGACACGGACGGUCAUGCUGCUUUCCCCUCGACUCCUUCGCUGGGGCCUACUCCCCACCUCUAUUCCGAUCAGCGUGAGCAAGAAUCUCAUGGUGUCGAUUCUCAUCCCCGCUUUGAUCACUCGCUUCGCCCACAUAGAAAAUGGAACUGGUCGCAGGACAUAAUAGGUUCUAUGCUGGAGGGCGUCCGCGCCCUUACAGGGUAUGCAUUGAUGCUUGCUGUGAUGACAUACAACGUCGGCAUUCUCUGUGCUGUUAUUAUGGGCAUCGUCAUUGGAGAAGUGUUCCUAGGCCGCUUUUCAAUCCCGACUCCAUCUUCUCGGUGGCAGGAUAGAGCAUGCCAUGAUGGUUAG